AGUUCAUCGGCAUUGUGUGCUGCUGUAUUGGUUGCAAUUGAGAGUGACUGAUCAGCGCGUAAAGGUGUGUCCUAAACCACCAACCUUCCAUUUUUGUUGUUGUCAUUGCACUCGUUCGUACGAAAGGCUAUCCAUUACUGUUUGGAUAGAUGUUUGGCAACAUUGCCGUAGACCUGUUUUUCUCAAAAUACUUUCACAUUACCCUUUAUUCAAAGGCGGUGCUUGUACCCAUGGAGUGACGUGAAACGUAACGACUUUUUUUUGUACCUCAGUCAGAAGUGAUUUACUAGGAGUGGAGUUGGCGUCGAGGUCUGGCUCAUACUGUUUUUUAUAUUUAACUUUUUGUUUCUAUUUUUCAUUUCUUUUGUUGCCAGUUUAGUUCUUACUGUGGUGUGGUCUGGUGUAUCCUCCCUGUAUCAUUAAGUGGAUCAUGAACAAACUGUACGUAGGGAAUCUAAGUCCUACGGUCACGGUAGAGGACUUGAAGCAGCUCUUUGACGAGAGGAAGCUUCCCGUGGCCGAUCAGGUUCUGUUGAAAACCGGGUAUGCCUUCGUGGAUUUUCCAGAUCAGAAAUGGGCCAUCAAAGCCAUUGAGGCUUUAUCAGGAAAAGCUGAGUUGCACGGGAAAGUUAUUGAGGUGGACUACUCAGUUCCAAAAAAACUAAGGUAAAGUUUACUUGUCACUGACAGCUAGGUAAAUUGAAAACCAUAUUAUGAUGCACAGUGCCGGUAACAUCUGCAUGUGUUCUGAUAUGUGCACACGAGUUUUGUUUAUUUGCUUAAAUGUUGCCAUUAUGUAACAGGUCCACGUUGUUUACGGACAGCCUUAGUCGAAUAAGUGAUAUCUUGCGCUUAAAGAUAAUCAACGAGAUAAGUUUAAUGUAGUAGCCUAUAUUAUUGUGUGUUUCAUUAAAUCUUUAGGUAACAACUUUUAAAUAUUGUAUUGUUUGAAAAGGCAAUCUGCAACCGAAUACUUCCUGUCGAAGUCGUGUGCUUCAAUGUUUCCCCACCUCUUUGUUACAUUGUGUAACGGUCUAUAACUGGCUUUGGUGGUGUGUGACUGCAUUGGAGCCGUUUCCAUGAGCUAUUUGGUUCGUUUUAUUUCGGAUACGUAAAAUGAGUAAUUGUAUAUUCGGUGGCCAGAAUCUAGCCUACAUAUAUGCAAUGACACAGCUUUGCUAUAAUAUUUAAAUGCGUAAUUUGUUAAAAGCGGGAGGUAUGUUUAUAUCCAUUUAUAUUAAUUAAAAAAGAAAAAAAAUCAUUUUUAAGACGAAUUAAGAAACUGGUUUGAGGAGUAGGGACUUGCAAUAGACGAUGUAUGGAACUUCAACAUUCAUAUUUACAUUAAUGUAGGGCUCAAAUGGCGAGGUAGCGUGUUUAGAAAGGGCAACAUCACGUUGCAGCUACCAUAAUGUAAGGAACGUAUCACUGAAAAGCACACCUUUGCGAGUGUGCUGCCCGUAAGUAACGUGCUGUUUCUAACUAAUCGAAAAUGGUAUAUUAAUUGAGAAUAAUUGGUGUUUACAUAAGUGAGCAGGCAGCUAAAGCUGCAACAUGGCUGCUUGUUUGCCUUUCUUCACCGGCCAGGCUUAUAGCCUACUUGAGUAGGCCUCGGCGGCUGUCACUAGUAGGCAUGAGCAGCAUAUUUGAAGAUAAGCCGAAGUCUAUUCAGAAUAUAUCACACGCAAGGUACACGUUACGACACACAGAGUAUGUUGGGCUGUUUUGGGUAUGGUCUGGUGUGGGAUUUCGGAGGGGCUUUUUAACAUGACCCUGCGCACAGAUUACACUGUUCUGGCCUACACCACGUGACUAUACAUUCCUCAUUUACGUCCUUUAUGUAAACACACCGCCACUUCCAAGCUAACCUUCACCCUUAUGUUUGCCAGGACAACUCGUCGAAAUCAUCGUAAAUGUAGGGUACUCGGUCCAUCAUUAGGGGUUCAAGCACAGAAGCAACGGGAUCCUUAUUGGAUUUGUUAUGAAUAUCAGGGGUCCAGGCAGC